AUGAACCAAGAGAAUGCUGGAGCGCCAGCCAGACCAACGAAUGGGAGUACUAAGAGCAAACGUUUGGCUUUGAACGCCAAAGAUCCCAAUCAGAUACGUCUGCUGUUGUUGAGGGCUAAACUGACGCUCACGGAAGGGGCUCCAGAAUCCAAAUCAUUACUGUCACGUUUGCCUUUGAAUAACUUGGAAGGCACUACCGUGAGAGCACCACCUAUCCUUACCAAGGCAAACUCCACGUUGGGAUUUAUCCACAAACCAGAUAUCAGUGUUCGCAAACUGGUAACGAAGAGGCUGCUCAAGCUUCGCAAACUUAAGCACGAUUACAUCGGUGCAGUCAAAGCUUACCGCGGACGCGAGCUAGUUCCUGAAAACUCAGUAUCUGACGACCUAGUGAAAAGAUUAUUCCCACCAAAGUCGCCAGUUGGGCCUCUUGAACAUACCGAACGUACUAAACAGUUGCAUCUGCUGAACAUUCAAACAUCAAAAGAGAACCAUGGUGACCCUAUCAAAAGGAAUGUAAUGAUGGAGUCUCGUGAUAUGGACCAGCCAGUUGAAUUCAUUCCCACCGAGACGCCUCCACAGUACAUCCCUGAAGGACUCGAGCCGCUCACGCCUCAUGAUAUUAACAGAUUGGGAGCUAUCCAGUCCGAUUUGACCUUUGAUGAACCUGAACUGCCUUGCCCACAAGUGGGUCUUACUCAUAAUGAACUUAACGAUUUAUUGGAAUAA